CGAGACGAAACCGCACGUCUGCUGCCACGUAAUCCCGUUGAGAGCGCACGAGCUCCGCAGAAACAAACGCUCGAGCGGAAACCGACACUUGAAGAAGUUAAAAACAACCGGGCGGCCCCCCACACACACACACUCACACACUGUCUGCGGACUGUCUGACUGGCGUUAAAUAUCCGGCGACUGUCACGAGGUGGAGAUUCUGUGGAGUGGCCGCAAACAGGCCUCUGUGACCGAGCUGUUACUAUAGAAACGGAUCUAGGAGUAUACGCUGUAUACAUGCACAUACAUUAAAAAGGGCAAACGACCCGGAGUGUGAAAUUUACCUGCUCCUGUAAACGACUCUGCACACGUGUGUGUCUGUGUGUGUGUGUGUGAGGACUUGUAGAUGCCAUGCGCCAGCUGAAGGGCAAGCCGAAAAAAGAGUCAUGGAAGGACAAGAAGGAACGAAAGCAGGCGAUGCAGGAGGCACGUGAGCAGGUGGCCACCGUUGUCCUGCCCACGCUCAUCGUCCUCAUCCUCCUCAUUGUCCUUUUCAUCUAUGUCGCCACCCGACCCGGAGCCGUCCAGUAGCCAUCCCUUCCUUUUUCCCGCUCUUUUUCUAUACCUAGCUAUUUAUACCCGGGGCGUCACUGUCCUGCAUUUAACUCUCCCUCGUCCACUUUUCAGUCUGCAUUAUCAAACUAACUAGUUACUGGUUACCCAGAUGAAAUGUGGGUCCCAUAAUGCACCACAGGGUGCAGUGCAAUGUCAAUUCCCAAGGCAUGUUGCGAAACAGGUGCCAAGUAUCCUACACCCUAUACUAGACAAGGUAUGAUAUUAUGAUGCCUACACACUAUGUAGCACACAAGCCAGUAUGGCUGAUAUAUCGGUCCCUACAAUGCUCCAUGCCCCUUCUUUAGUGUAAUACUUAGGGUUAAAGUUAACAUGUUAGCUAGCUCCUUUGUUAGCUAGCAUACACGCUAAUUAGCAAUGCAGUAUAUACAGUAGAAACAAUACAAGGGCACAUUAAAAGCAGGACUUGAACACAGAGGACUUGAACACUUAAUAGCAUUUAAUUCUCUAUGGGAAUAGCUUUCUGUUCCUCUUUUAGUGGUGCAAGGACAGGCGAUGACGACGAGGGCACACCGAAACAGCCCUGGAACAUGACCCCUGCUCCUUUUCUUCCCUCUUAACCCAUGGAUGUUCAUAUCAACCAACUCAAAACAAGCAGGAAUUUUACAUUUUACACCAGUUCCCAAACAGCUAAGUGAAACAGGAGUGUCUCAGAGCGCAAACCCGAUGUCUGUGGUGGCCAUGUUGGCUCUGUACUGUGUUUACAGCAUCUCAGUUUUAUGCCAAAGCAACAGAGAUUCAGGAAUUGAAUCAGGACCUGUGAUGAAGGUUCAACAUCAGGACUGAACCCAAUCAUGCACACACACACACACACACACACACACACACUAUUAUUCACAGUCAACUUAAGGAAAAACCAUCAACAGCAUUUACAGUUCUGAUGUUCGUGAAAAUGUUCCUUAAUUCAAAUGGCAAGCUACGACCUUUAAGUUAUUUCCCUAAUUUAACACACUCCUAAUUUAUGUCUGCGUCCCAAAAGCUAUUUGGUGCAACAGUUAGUGUUUUCUAGCAUAAAACUUCUUUAACAAAAACCUUAACUUUAUUAUAUGGAACAAAUUUAGGUUUACUAUCAACAACAAAGUUAGCAUUACACUCUGUAAUAUUAAUUACUGUAAUAUAAUUACUAUCUUCAACAUACUCUGUUAAUAUGUGUUUAGCUUAGAGCGCUAAUCUCGUAUGCUAAUUCACCAAAAAGCGUCCGGUUUGUCUUCUUAACAGGGCUAAGUGUUCUUAUUCUGAAAUCCCAAAAUAUAUCACACCUUAGUUCUUUGAGUAAAUUAAUGCACAAAUCAACGUUUGGGGGACAGCCUGUGUGUAAAGUGUGUUAUGUUAGCAUCAGAGCUAAUCUCAGAGCUUCAGGGGAAACUCACUGGGUCCUUUCUGUAGCAGUAUUCGUAUAUACACCCACAAUUUUCCUUGUUCCUAAUCUAAUACAAACACUGCUUUUACAUGAUAACAUUAGAUUCUUUGGGGAAAUCAUAUUAAUGUUUGAAGAACAAUAUUCUGUUGAAUGUUUGGGUGCAUAAUGAAUUUGGUGUAUUAGACCAGACCUUAGUCCAUCGUCCUAAUGUUAAUUAAUUAACAUAACUCGUUAAAAUGUCUCGUUAAAAUCGUUAAAAUUAUGUUGUUAUGUUAUGUUAUGUUAUGUUUGUAACAUUUGUGUAUUAUUUCUGCACAAAAGUGGACCUAAGAACCAAAUCUGAACUCAGUGUGCCUUAAUGAUGUGUGUGUAUGGAUGUGUGCCCAUGACAAAGUGUGCGUACUGUUGUUCACAAGCAGCCAGCAAAACGCACACACACACACACACACAGAGAGAGAGAGAGAGAGUAGCAACAGAUCCUUCAGCUGGCCUUCAGUGAGCAAUGUGCCUUAGGAAUCUAUUAAAAACUAUAAAACUGUAAUAAAGUGACUGAAUUCUUUGUGUGAAUUCA